UCUCCACAAAUAAAUUUAUUUUCGUUUAAUCUUUGUAUGGGUAAAUAUACCAAAUCUUCGUUGCCGGUCAACUUUACCCAUAAUCGACAUCUGAAAUAAAGGGAUUAUCGACAAUAUCGCAAUUUGCGAACUUCGAAAUGAUUGUAACGAUUUUAUCAGUUACUCGAACAGAUUGAAAUGAUGGAAGUUUGUUCCCGCCAAAUGAAGCGUCAAAGUCAAAUUAAGUCGAUUUGUUUUGAGGUUGUUCAUGUAUUUUGUGCAAGUUAAAAUAGUUUAAUAAUUACGGAUUAAAUCACAUGCGAUUAAUUUAGAUAAAAAUGAAAAUAGAUAGUAGACCCCUAAGAUAUGCUCAUGCAGAGGGUUAUACGGAUGUUUGCUACACUGAAGACGGACAGCAUAUAAUUACUUGCGGCAAUGACGGAGAUGUUCGAAUAUGGGUUGACAUAAAAGACGACGAUCGUAACUCCCAUUGCGUUGGAGAGAGCGCGACAGCGGUGUGUUUUAAAGACAAGAGGCUGUAUGUGGCUACUGAUAAUCAUGCUGUACAAGCUUACACAUUCCUGGCUUUCGACAAAGACGGUAUUGUCACUAGAUUUACUGCAUCGGUAACACAAAUUAUGACAAGCACUAAAAUUGAGGCUUUGGGCUGUACAUCAGAAAACAUGGAAGCAAAAAUAUGUAGUCCAGAAGGAGGUGCUCCUUUAUUUAUGAUGUCUGAACACAAAGGCCCAGUCCUCAGUAUAGCACUGUGUCCACAAAUGAAAUAUUCGGCCACAUCUUGUGGGGACGGCAUGUUGAGGAUAUGGGACAUUGACACACAGAAAAUGGUCAAAGAAAUAGCUUGUGUUCCUAAACGUAUAAAAUGUGCAAUAUCCCAAUGUCGCUUUUCACCAUGUGGUCAAUAUUUGGCGGCAAGCACCAUAGCCGGGCAGAUAGCGGUGUGGGAAGUACAGUCCGGUACUUGCACGGGCAUCAUCGAGCAUCCCACAUCACAUAAUGUUACAGCGAUAGCAUGGAACCCUAAAGGAAAUGGUGUGUUGGCGUAUUGCGAUGUGUCCGGGCAGCUGGGUGCACUGAUGAAUUGCUAUGGCAAGGACAGCAAGGCUGAUGCUGAUGCGCCUGACGAUGUUGAAAUGGUGGAGAGAGCUGAUGAUGGUAAUGACUUGGACAAUUUGAUCGAAAACUAUAACAGUGACGACGAUGACAACGCGAUAUCGCUAGAGAAGCUCAAGAAUGAAACGCUAGGGUUGGGGACAGUGAGAGACGAAGACGAGUCAAGACCCGUGUCGCGGCACGAGCCGGCGGCGACCACGGUGCCGCCGCAGGCGCCGUUCCAGCUUUCUGCGACCCCGGGACACCUUGAACAUAGAUACAUGUGCUGGAACGACAUCGGCAUAGUCCGAUGCCACACGCAGGAGAACGGCGAGUCGACCAUCGACGUAGAGUUCCACGACACCAACCUCCACCACGGGAUCAAUCUCAACAACUACCUGAAUCACACCAUGGCCAGCCUGUCUGCGAGCGUGCUGGUGUUGGCCUGUGAAACGUCUAGUGUCCACGAUUUCCGCACGCGAAACAAGUCGCGAAUGAAGCUGGGCAUUCCCGGUUGUCAGCACAACGCGUUCCGCCGCAACCCGCGCACUCACGAGGCGGGCCCCGCGCGCCGCCGGCGCCGCGCCCGCGCCGCGCGCUGGGCGCCGAUGCCCGGCGAGGCGGCCGCGCGGCGCCCCCGCGUCGCCAAACUAGUAUGCAUAUCGCUGGUCGGCAGCAGCAAGGAGUGGAGCGUUUCCAUGCCCGAUACCGAGGAGAUCCUGUGCGUCACGGCGGGCAGCGACGUCGUCGCGUGUGCGACUAACGCGAGGUUGCUGCGGCUGUUCACGCCAAUGGGCACGCAGAGACAGGUCUGAUGAUGCUUCGACUUCAAGGGUAAAAACGAAUAAAACCACAGAUUGUAUACGAGGAACACCGCCAAAAUAUGGCUACAGCAACAUAGA